UGGGGGGGCGACGAGAAGGGAGUUUCACUAGCCUGCGGGCGUUAAAUCUCACAGAGGCAUGAUUCGGGAAAUUGGCCGGGCGGUUCUGGCAUGGGGAGCCAGACUGUCGGCUUGCUGGUCUCAGCAUCUGCAUCGUACCUCAAGGCAAAGCUGUCGCCGGGUUCAGAGUGAGGCAUCGUUACGCUCCCUCUCAGCAGUGGUGCGUUGCUAGGAUCGUGUGAUUGGUUAAAGAGCAAAGGAGUGGCCAUCGCAGACAGGUAAUUGGAUGGGUUUGUAUUGUGUGCCGGGGCAAGUUACUUUUUGGAAUCUCGGUGUGUCAUAGUUUGCUACAUGUAUGUGUUCACGCCCAUACUGGCCUGUGAACUGUGGGUGUCUCUCCUCCGUUCCAGUUAAUUAGGUACGUGUGCUUGUGGAAGCAUAUAAUAAUAUCACGAUGAAGAAUUACGAAAUCGAACACUGGAAAAGUUUAUUGAUUCGCUCAGCAUUUGUUUAAUUAAACUCUGGAUUUGACGCGGAGCAUGAUUAUUGAGUGACGCUAAUCAUACCGCCCCCGUUAAUUUCAAAGUUUCAAAGUUCAGGGCCUCUCUCCAGAACGGCAUAUUUUGAAAGGACUUUAUUACCAAAACUGUGCGCAGGUAAGACACUGUGGCAUCUUCUGCAGGUGGGUAGGUGAAGCAUGUAAGGAAGCUCGCCGGCUGGUACUGAGAUUUUCAACUAUGGGCAAAACCAAACUGCGUUCCUCCUCAGCGUGCCUGCCGGCCUGCCUGUAAUCUCUUGAACAUCCCUUCAGUUACAGCACAGUUAUCUUUCAGGACGAUGACCCUGGCCAUCUCCUGUUUGAUUCAGUUUGUAACUGAUGUUUAAUGUUAUUCAUUUAAUGUCUAAUUGACGUUUAUCGUUAUCCUUUUAAUGCCUAACUGAUGCCUACUUCUGUCGUGUUACUGAUGUUUAGUUUUUAAAUACGGGUCGGUUACUUUAGUACAUAUAAGAAUGUUUUAUGUUAAGACUGAAUCCCGUUUUCCUCUCUCAGUGCUGACAUUUGUGACAUGCUCCUUCUCCACUAACCCACCCAUGUUUCCUAAAGAUAUUUUAUUGUUCAUAUUCAUGUUAAGUGCCAUAUUUGACGCAUCUCAACCGCAUAGACUUGACAUGACCGCGGGCGCCGUUUCCGCCAUCAUUGUAAAAAUUCCCAGCUGUUAAACCGCAAUAACCUGCCACACUUCCUGUUGCCAAGCUUUCGGCCCUCAAUAACAUUUGAGAGAUACACGUUGGACGCGUCACGUGUUUAACACAACGCCGGACAACACUGUGACAUAAUGCUGUCAUACUCUCCACCUUUUUAGUAACUGCAUCUGUUUUUGUCUGUGUCCCGAACUGUCACCCUCUUCGACAUGUGACAAGGAUGACCUCCCCAGCCAGACACUGCAUGGCAAAUACUCAGUCCUGAGCCUGCAGGAAGAUAAGGAAGGCAACGGAAGCCAGGAAAGCAGAAGUAACAGCCAGGUUCAGGGAGGGUGACUCGAGCUCCGCGCGUGCGGGUGCGUGUCCUCGGCGGAGCCGCGGCACGUGACGCCAGCCGCCACCAUGCGCUGCUCCACGCUCCUGGCCAUCCUGACCGCGGUGCUGCUCUACCUGGUGAUGGGGGCGCUGGUGUUCCGCAGCCUGGAGGAGCCGCGGGAGAUGGGCCAGCACCAGCAGAUGCUCAGCGUCCGCGAUGACUUCCUGAGGAACUACACCUGCGUGUCUCCGGAGAGGCUGCAGCUGCUCAUACAGGAAGUGGCAGAUGCAGUGGGAGCCGGGGUAGAUCUCGCCACAAACGCCUCCACCUAUUCCAGCCAGUGGGACCUGGCAAGUGCCUUCUUCUUCUCAGGCACCAUCAUUACUACAAUCGGUUACGGGAACAUCUCUCCCAAGACAGAGUGGGGCCAGCUCUUCUGCAUCUUCUACGCCCUGGUGGGGAUUCCCAUGUUCGGUUUCCUGCUGGCCGGAGUCGGGCAAUACCUGGGGAACGGUCUGAGGAAGGCCGUCGCCAAGAUAGAGAAGCUCUUCCUGAAGUGGCGAGUCAGCCCCACCAUUGUACGCGUCAUCUCGGCCGCCUUCUCCAUCCUGCUGGGCUGCCUGCUCUUCAUCGCCGUGCCCAUCCUCGUCUUCAAGGAGGUGGAGAAGUGGACGUUGCUGGAGGCGACCUACUUCGUGGUCAUCACUCUCACCACGGUGGGCUUCGGGGACUACGUGGCAGGUGAUGGAGGUGAGGCCGGCAGUGACCACUGGUACAAGCCCCUGGUGUGGUUCUGGAUCCUAUUGGGCCUGGCCUACUUCGCCUCCAUCCUCACCAUGAUCGGAAACUGGCUCCGGGUUCUGUCCAAGAAAACCCGGGCUGAGAUGGAGGAGCUCAGAGCUCACGCCACCGACUGGACCCAGAACAUCCAGAAUAUGUCAGUUGAUUUUCGCAUCCCCAAUCCGCUGGAAGACCAGUUCAAGCGGCAGAAAAAACGGAGACGACGCCGGCGCGUGCCCAAGCCGCACGUCCAGGGAAUGGGCCAGGAGGCAACGGGGCCGGACAUUGGCCACAGCCAGUCGGAGACGGGUUCGACAUCAUACUCGUGCUCAGACACGGAGUCUAGCUCAGAAGCGACAAGAACCGAGAGGGUGGCCGAGGUGGGUCCGGAGAUGAAUGUCAUUUUGAAAUCCACGCCCCCGCAGACCAACCUUAACAACGCCUUCUCACAGCCUCUUGACUAUUUCGGGGUGAACAUGGCCUACAUUGACGAGUCAUCGGAUGCGCACAGCGGAAAGUUCCGGAACGAACCUUCUCUGGAUCCGGUGGCUCCCACAUCUACCAUUCAACCCAGAGUGAAGAGGAAACGUAACAAGAGACAGCCGAACCGGAAGAACCAUGAAAUGGCCCCGUCUGAGCAUAAGGCACUCAAUGGCGAUAUCCGGCCUGCAGUCACCCCCUCGCCGCCUCCUCCACAGUGAGCCUGAAAUCUCGACGCAAGUGCUUAUGGGAAGUACAGCCUAGAGACAAUAACUAGGCCCUGCCAAGCAUGGCCAAUUCAGCAGCCGUGUGACCUUCAGAGUAGGUCUGCCAGUUAACGUUCCUCUGAGAAGAUACUGGGCUGGCCUGUUCUUGGUGUCUGGCCUCUCUACAGUGUUUAUCCUGCAGGCCACUGGCCACUGCAUUUAGCAGUGACAAUACCAUGUAUUUUCUACUCAUGGCUGCUUUCGUUCCGGCAUUUUCCAUCGAUUCGACUGCCAUGCGACAGACCCGCGAUUCAUAAUAGUACUUGUUUUUAUGAUUUCACCAUUUCACGAAAAAAAACCUAUCAGCUACAAACAGUUGUUUCAUUGAUAAGGUGCAAGACGAUUGCCAGUUGUGCAGUGAGAUGCUGGAUGAUGCCUUCAGCAUUGCAAAGCUUUCGUUCGGCUCUAUCAGUGCGGAUAUGUAAUAUGCAACUUAGACAAACAACCAGUUAUUCCACAAUUUUACUCCUACUAACCACGACAUAGAUGGAAAAGAAGAACAAAUGUGUGGACAUUAAAGGGUGUCUGUGUCCUUAUUGAAUGCCAAAUAAGAGCCAACGAUACUGCAAUAUGUACAAUUUAUAGACAUGACAUUUAUGUGAGUGUGUGGGCGAGUACGUGUCAAGUACAAUGAGAUGCAUUAAGGUAUGUUAUGUUAUGUGAUGCACUUUCAGACAGUGGUAAACAGAAAACCACAGUCCUGUUCUCUAAGCCUCUGUGUGAUUGUGUGAGUGUGAGUAACUACCAUUGGUGUGUUUAUUCUCAGUGCUUAUUUCCUUGAUCGUUUUCUGCCGGUCCAAAUGAGCUGCUCACACACUUACCUCUUGCUAUCAUAUGCUUUCAUUUUAUCCUGGAAACAGGAAAUAACCCACGACUGUUCAGUGAUAUAUUUUAUUAUCAGGGUGCAUGCAAUUAAAUAUAAAAAAACAAUGCACAUAUAUCAAAAAAAUAAUAAUACAAAUAAAAUGAAUUACUCGAUAACAAAA